CCUCCGUCAACUUCAAAUAUCACAAUUCGGAGCUUAUCGACACCUUUUUUCGGCGACUCGAAAACGCCGGGGAUAGCCACCAAUCGGUCCAAUUCUCCUACGACACGGAAGAAGGGAGGAUAGGAUUUCAUAUAGCAAAUAGCAAAAUGAGCCGGUCACUACUGCGCUCCGUCCUGGAGCUUCGCACGCCUAUAACACGCCUCCCACCAACCUUCCUCCUGCCGAUCCACGCCCGCACCCUCGCGACGACAGCAGCACGACGCAAUGUCGAACCAACAACAACGCCUCCAAGCGCAACACCCACACAACAAACCACCGCGCCCCCCAUAGCGCCCUCCAAACCGUCCCCCGCCCCCUCAGCAUUAUCCCCCUCCUCUCAGUCCCAAACCCACCCCCACCCCCCCGCGGGAACGACAUCCAGCUCCGUAGCCGAGCUCUUCCCGCUGCUGCGCGCGCAGCCCGCGCACUACAUCACCAUCCACAUCCACGGCCGCCCGUACCUCGUCACGGAAGGCGACCGCAUCCGCCUGCCUUUCCUGAUGCACGACGUCCUGCCGGGCGACGUGUUGCGCCUGGACCGGGCGUCUACGCUCGGAUCCCGGGACUACACGCUUCUCGGCAGUCCGCACGUCGACCCCUCGCUCUUCGAGUGCCGCGCCACCGUCCUCGGCGUCGAGUCCGAGCCCCUGCGCGUCAAAAUCAAGACUAAGCGCCGGAACCGCCGCUCUCGCCGCGUUGCGAGUAAGCACCGGUAUACCAUCUUGAGGAUCAGCGAGCUUAAGCUACUUGGGCCUUCCUAAGGGUGUCUUUGGUGAUAUGAGUGGUGGUGAGCUUUACGCUGGGGAUUCCUCCCUUAUGGGGCAGGUUCUGCUUGGGUCGAACGGGGACGAAAAGGGCGGGAAGGAUCGGUUAUCUAUUCUGCUACCUUUGUGACUGCAUUUCUUGUCGGGGCACUAUAGAUCCAAGUCAGUCAGCAGUGGAUAUCAUGUAUGUAACACUUACGAAAUGGGCUUGCAAAAUAUCAGACAAGCUCCAUGUAUAAAACAUGAAUUCAAACAUCAGACAAACAGUAUACUGCUAAGACAAUUACACACAUGCAUAAGAAAUAUGAACAUGUCCACUUGAACCGCAGGCUCAGUUAUCACAAAGUACCGCCCAUUCCGGUACCAGCAAUACCUUGCAAAA